CCCCCACCCCCUCACUUCAGUUUCCCCAAAUCACCGACUUUAGGGUUUUAUCAGAUUUGGGUUUUUGGCGAGAAUUUUCCGGCGAAAAUGGAGGAAUCGAUGUCGGACUCGACGUCGGACUCACCGAAAGCCACCAGCGAAGCCCUGAAGCGUGAUUUAACCAAGAAAUUGGCUGAGAUUUUGGCGUACGGAAGAGAGAUCGAAGCUUGCUGUGAUGCUGACAGAAACUGUAGAUUCUUGGAAUCAAUUGGUGAUGCUAUUAGACUCCUUCGUCUUCUGAGGGAAGUUGAAUGGGAGAUUACCGAUCCUGAUAUCUCUUCCUCUUCUACAUCUCCAAACUUGGAAGUUCCGAUCGUAAGCAAACCGAUAGCCAGAGCUUCUGGGCAGACAUUUGAUGAACGAUAUGUAGCAGAGUGGGUGAAUCUUGAAGCCAAUUGUCUGAAAAGCAAUGCUGUACUCACUCACCAUUUGGGGAUAACGAGUGAGUUAGGCCAUGACUUGUUUACGCAGAUGGGUGCCAAUAAAGAUGAGCCGCUAGUAAUAUGUGGCGAAGUAGUCACAGACGGUUUCAAAAAGGGAAUCAAGUCAUUGCUUAAGCGGAUUUACUCUUCUAUCUCUUCAAUUGAAGCUCAAAUAGAAGCUGCAGUGAUGUCUUCACACAACAGGGGGUUUGAGAAUAUGGCCACGGAGGAGCAUCUUGCAGUGGAGCCUGUUGCAGAGGAGCAUCUCGCAGUGGAGCCUGUUGUAGAGGAGCAUCUCGCAGUGGAGCAUCUCCCACAGCUACCUUGGGAAAUGAUAGAAGAAGUCUUUGCUCGGUUCCCAAUCGAGUCUCUUCUCCGUUUCAGAACUACAUGCAAAGUCUUCUACGACAAAACUUUUGAGGUGGAGUACAUCUAUAGACACCUCGACCUGUCUAAAGAAAGGUUCUUUCGAUUUGACAACCGCUUGCAUAUUAUUGAUCCCGUGGCCAUGUCUGACUGGGCUGGUGUGUUACCUCCCUACCAUGAGCCUGCGGAUUUCAUACAUUCUGCUGUACACUGCGAUGGUUUGUUCCUGUUUCAACACCGUUACCUCUUUGAGCUAGCGCUUUGGAAUCCGUUCUUGAGGCACAUUUAUUGGAUUGAUCCAAUGGGAAACCUGACAAACGAUGAAACUUAUGGCAUCGGAUACUGUCCGGAUAAACGCCGGUGUUACAAGAUUGUAAGAAUCUACGACGCAGUCUGUGAAGACCAAGUACAGGUCUUUGACACUAGCACCAAGAAGUGGACGAUAGUGCAUGCUUCUUCCCCUCGCGACUGGAGAAUUUCUAGGGUACAUCCCGGUUUAUCAAUCAACGGCAAUAUGUUUUGGCUUGCCCGUAGUAAAGCUCAUCCGGUACCAACAUUCAUCCACUCUUUUGAUUUCUCAGCCGACACAUUUACCUUGGUAUGCACAUUGCCACUCAUCUAUGAUACCCUACACACAAAUGCACUUUCCGUCUACAAUCACAACCGGCUGUCGCUCUUACAUCAAAGCCGGAGCACGAGUGUCAUCAACGUGUGGGUCACAACUCCACUAGCCGAGGAAGCUGUGACAUGGAGUCUUUUCUUUACGGUGGCCAACCAGGAUAUACCUUGCAUCCGUCCUUGUUACGACGUUGCGUACCCUGUCCACUUCCUUGACAGGAACAACACUCUCGUUCUGUUGUGCAGGGUACGUACGGAAGAGGUGGGCGAGGACAAUGAUGAUGAGCUGAAUAAGGGAAGUCCUCAAAUCAUCUUGUACAGAUUUGGGAGGCAUGGGAUCCAAGAGCGUGCUAACGUUGCAGAAGCUGUUUUCUUCGAACAUCACGUCUGUGGUUACCUCUACACGCCAAGUCUAGUGUGGCUUGACUGAGAAAUCUGCACGUGAGAGACUCUCGAAAACUUUUGUCUUGUGUUUUGUCUACUCCCUUUCCUUCUAAGAACAAAGGUUUUGUUUUGGUUUACACGUGAGAGACUCUCGGAAAGGUUGAGCUUGUGUCUUUUUGGUGUCUUGAAUCUUUUUUUUUUACUUGCGUGUGUAUAGAUUUGGAUCAGGCUAUUACAUUGAGAAACUAAGACCAAUGUGAAUGGGUUCUCAUUUGGCAACUUGUUGUUACGAAUUGACAGUUUAUAGUAUUUUUGGUGUCUUGGAUCUUUUUUU